AUGGUGACUUGUACUACAGACUGUAUUGAAAAACCUAUUCGUAUUUGUUUCGAGCGACUUGGAAAGUUCAUUGGACUUCAUCCAUGGUGGUUUUUCAUUAUUCCUGUUGUGCUGUCCGUGGUGCUAGGAGGGGGAUUCUGCUUUCUAAACGAGAACAAUGAUAUUGAAGAACAAUUCACUCCAAUGGACGGGGCCGCUAAGCAGGAAAGGCAAUUUUUUUUGGACACUUUCAGACAAAACAGUUCCAUGUUUACCGGUAUGCGGGUUAUUACGAACGGCGUGUAUGCAAGUUUGAUAUUCAGAGACACGAAAAAUAUACUCACAGUUCCAGCGUUCGAGGAAAUCUUACGCAUAGACAACAAAAUUAGGAAUAUUACAGUUCAGAAAGGGGCAGAACAGUUUAAUUUUUCCGAUAUUUGCGCCAGAGUAGGACAGCGCUGCUGGUCCAACGUAAUACUUGAUAUUUUUAACUAUAAUGCGAGUAAAGUUAAUGUAACUAACAUAACAUUUCCUAUACACGCUCUCAAUUCCGGUGAGAAUGUUAGCCUGGAACUCUCACUGGGUGGUGAAGAGGUGAACAAUAACAGCUUUGUUCAGAGUGCAAAGGCAUUGCGACUUAUGUACUUUCUUAGAGAAGAUCAUGAAGAUAAGAAUAAAACGGAUGAGUGGCUGACCAAAUUUAUACAACUGCUCCGCAGUGAGUCAGAGAGCGCAGAGAGGACUGCGCACAUUAAGGUGUCCUAUUACACGUCAUUGUCCAUGCAGCAGGAAUUUGAGAAAAGUUCAGAGUCUGUGAUCAAGCUUUUCUCCAUCACCUACUUUCUCGCCAUUUCAUUUUCAAUACUGUCGUGCUUGAGGUUUGAUAAUGUCAGGAAUAAAGUUUGGGUGGCAACAGUUGGAGUAUUCUCAGCCGGGCUGGCUGUGGUAUCGAGCAUGGGACUGAUGCUUAUCUUUCGAGUCCCAUUUGUCAUAACCGUGGCGUUAUCUCCUUUCCUUGUACUAGGGAUCGGCAUCGAUGACAUGUUUAUCAUGAUCUCCAGCUGGCAGCAGACCAACGUCCACGACGAGGUGUCGAAUCGCAUGGCGGACACCUACAGGGAUGCAGCCAUCUCCAUCACUGUCACCACCUUGACAGAUAUUCUUGCCCUCUUCCUGAGCUACAGCAAUCCCUUUGGCUCAGUGCAAUCUUUCUGCCUCUAUGCUGGCACCGCCAUCUUGUUCUGUUACCUCUAUAACAUCACUUUCUUUGGUGCAUUUUUGGCCUUGAAUGGCAUAAGGGAAAAGGAGAACAGACACUGGUUCACCUGCAUGAAGAUUCCUGAAGAGUGCCCACUGGUCAGUACAAAAGCCUAUUUAGUCUGCUGUGUGGGAGGAGCCUAUGAUCAUGACACCGGGACUGAGGAAGAACAGCCAAUCAGAAGGUUUAUCAGGAAAUACUAUGGUCCAUUUUUAGCCACAAGCUGGGUAAAGGUGGUUGUAGUUGUUCUCUAUAUUGGGUACCUUUCUUUAAGUAUCUAUGGAUGCCAUAUUGUAAAUCAGGGCAUCGACCUAAGACAUCUGGCAAAAGAUAAAUCAUAUGUUGUCAGCUACUACGAUGAUCACGAAACGUAUUUUCGUAGAUAUGGUCCCACUGUCAUGCUGGCUGUGAAUGGAACAUUUCGAUAUUGGAAUGUAACGGAACGUGAAGAACUCGAGAAUUGUAUUACAAACUUUAAAAACUUGAUUUCCGUCAAGAGUGUGUCCACAUCUUGGCUCCAUUCAUUUGAAGAUUAUGCAGACAGGAGUGAUAUCAACAUAAGCUCUGAGACUCCGUUUGAGAAGCAUCUGCAGUCUUUUCUCGAUCGUUAUGAAAUAUUCAGACAGGACGUCAAAAUCACGCAUCAACAUAAGGUACACGCAUCUCGACUCUUUCUUCAAACAGUUAACUUUAACAACUCUGCCGCUAAGACCAUAUUAGAAUCACUGAGAAAAACUGCAAAGGACUGCAGUCAGCCCCUGGUGGUCUAUCACCCAUCAUUUAUUUUCUAUGACCAGUAUGCAGUGAUUGAGGAUAUUACCAUUCAGACUGUUUGCGUGGCCACUGUUGCAAUGCUGUUCAUCUCUUUCUUGUUGAUUCCAAGCCCCUUCUGUGCUCUCUGGGUGACUUUUGCCAUUGGCUCAGUUAUUGUGGGGGUGAUAGGAUUCAUGGCACUGAUUAACAUCAGCCUGGACUCCAUUUCAAUGAUAAACCUCAUCAUCUCCAUCGGUUUCUCUGUGGACUUCUCUGCUCAUAUCUCCUACAGCUUUGUUUCCAGCACUAAGGCCGGCGCGAAUGAGAGGAUGGUCGACGCUCUCUCUCACCUGGGCUAUCCCAUACUGCAGGGAGCCCUGUCCACAAUACUCGGAGUGGUGGUGCUCUCUGCCUCUGAGAGCUACAUCUUCAGGACCUUUUGUAAGAUCACGUCAUUAGUCAUUGUUUUUGGCCUACUUCAUGGUAUCGCCUUCAUCCCAGUAUUUCUGACAUUUUUAGGAAUUUGUAUCAAGUGA